AAGAGAGCCGCGCGCAGCCUCCGCUGCAAAAGCAACGGGAAUGGCAAUGAAACAGGGCAAUCAGCUGAUGCGGCCAUCGCUCUUUGUUUUGCUUUUGGCAGCAUGGCGACAAAUAGUGAGAGUAAGAAAGAGUGAGAGGGCGGCAGCGACGCCGACUGAGGCAGCGACUGCGGCAGAGGCAGAGGCAGCACCAGCGGCAGCGGCUGAGGCCAAAAAGGAUUUCCGAGCUUGUGGCCUGCGUUCAGUUUGUAACGGUAUUCGACGCGCCACGGACGCCCGAUUAACGGACCGCGACCACCCGUACGUAUACGUAAUGCUCUCCGCUCAGUACGCGCUAUUUCCAAUUCACAGCAGCAGCAUAUGCUUUUGAACCCCCCUUCCUCUUGUUGUGUUUGGUUAUAUCUGUCACCACGAGAACAUUUUUGUGUGUGGCUUCAUUUAAUGCCUUUAGCCGCCUCCUAUAUGGUAUAUGUAUAUUUCUGCCGUUAUUGUCGUCGCCGUUUAUCUCUCUCUGGUCCGAUGAAAUUUCUGUGUUUGUUUACGCUGACGCCUCCACGUUACGGCCACUUGUGCCGCCCAAAACGAAAUGGUCACGGAGGCAACGUGGUGGUAGCAUAUCCUUAAUGCCAAAAACUUUCCAACCGCAUCGCUUUUUUAUUCGCGUUGUUCAAUUUAGUGCGUCGUUUGCGAAAUUGCAAACAAAUUCCGAAAGCAGAGAGAGCUAUUCAAGACGCGGAAAUAUAAGGAGCGGCGCAAUCAGCAACAGCGAAAUGAAUAAAUUACGCGAAAAUAAAAUCAAUUUGCAUUAAGAGCUGGAGACGAGCGACUAGCCAACGUCAGGCGUCAGACGUCAGACUUCUUGGACCCCUGAAGACCCCUGAAGACCCCUGAAGACCCCUCGAGAGCCCCUAUAGAAUUGAACCACUAUACCACUACACCACUAUACCAUCUCUCAUCCACCGACUGACAGCCAUUUGGAGGACGAACAAGACGCUGGCAGUUCCACUGGCACUUGGCACUGGCACUGGCGUUGGCCCAUCAGCUGGCUGGCGGGCAAAUUAUAUUACCUUGUCAGGCGAGUGACAUAAGGCGGACCUCGCCCAAACCCAUGUGUGGAUCCCAGUGAGGUGGCAGGUGACGAAGGAGGACGAGGCGGAGGAGGAGGAGGAGGAGGAGGAGGAGGAGGAGGAGGAGGAGGAGGCACUGGGGUCACGUCUUGGGUUACUAAGUCCACCGGAAUGCUACGCAGCUGCGUGUGCCUGCGCACCGACGAUGACGGGAAGCGGCGCAGCUCCUCCGUGGAAGACGCCUCCUCGUGCCGCUCGUCGGAAAUAGAGCGCGUGGGCGCCAGCAUGCAGACGCUGGGUCCCAACGGCCAGCCGCAGUCAUCCGCCGCGCAGACGAGCACCAGGGCCUCCAGUCUGCUGCAGCUCUUCCAGCGGCGAGGUUGGUGCAAGCACUUCCGCAAGCCGCUCCGGGGCAUGAGCGCCUCCCGGGCCGAAAAGACCAUCCGAGCGGCAAUAUUCAUCCAGAAAUGGUAUCGCAGGCAUCAGGCCCGUCGCGAAAUGCAGAGGCGUUGCAACUGGCAGAUCUAGAACCUGGAGUACGCCAGCGAACAGGACCAGGCUGAGCUAUACAAAUUCUUCAAUGACCUCAUUAAGCACAUGCCCCAGGCGGCGGGCAGGAAGAACCAGUACCAAGGAUCGGCUCACGUUUCCGUUUUGGAAGAAAACGACGACCUCGUUGAAGAGUUUGGCGAUAUUGUGAAUGCCAAAAUUGAGUUGCCAAUACGAAAAAACCAUAUCGAUCUAUUAAUUGAUGUCUUCCGCAAGAAAAGGGGAAACCGUCUGCAUCCAAAAUAUGUGGCGCUUAUUCUCCGGGAGGCAGCCAAAUCCCUCAAGCAGCUUCCCAAUAUUUCCCCAGUGUCCACGGCUGUUUCCCAACAGGUUACGGUCUGUGGUGAUCUUCACGGAAAAUUGGAUGAUCUUCUUGUGGUGCUACAUAAGAACGGUCUUCCUUCAUCUUCCAAUCCUUACGUGUUCAAUGGCGACUUCGUGGAUAGGGGCAAACGGGGUUUGGAGGUCCUGCUGUUGCUGCUAUCCCUGUACUUGGCCUUUCCACAAGCAGUUUUCCUCAAUCGGGGCAACCACGAAGACAGCGUCAUGAAUGCCCGCUAUGGAUUUAUUCGGGAGGUGGAAAGCAAGUACCCUCGGAAUCACAAGCGCAUUCUGGCCUUCAUCGACGAGGUCUACAGGUGGCUUCCUCUUGGAUCCAUUCUCAAUAGCCGAGUGCUAAUCGUCCAUGGAGGUUUCUCGGAUAGCACAAGUCUGGAUCUAAUCAAAAGUAUUGACAGGGGCAAGUAUGUGUCUAUAUUGCGGCCACCACUUACUGAUGGCGAGCCACUAGAUAAAACCGAGUGGCAGCAGAUCUUCGACAUUAUGUGGAGCGAUCCGCAGGCCACAAUGGGCUGUGUUCCCAACACAUUGCGAGGAGCUGGUGUUUGGUUUGGACCGGACGUAACCGACAACUUCCUCCAGCGCCAUCGACUCAGUUACGUCAUUCGAUCCCACGAAUGCAAGCCCAAUGGUCAUGAGUUUAUGCACGACAACAAGAUUAUCACAAUUUUCUCGGCCUCGAACUAUUAUGCCAUUGGAUCCAACAAGGGAGCCUAUAUCCGGCUGAACAACCAGCUGAUGCCCCAUUUCGUGCAGUAUAUAUCGGCGGCAUCGCAGACGAAGCGGUUGUCCUUCAAGCAACGCAUGGGCAUUGUGGAAAGUUCGGCACUAAAGGAGCUGGCGGUGCGUAUGCGUGAUCACCGCGACGAACUGGAGGACGAGUUCAGGAGGUGCGAUCCCAAGGACACUGGCUACAUAUCCAUUUCGAAUUGGUGCCUGGUAAUGGAGAAUGUCACUAAGCUGGGUCUUCCCUGGCGACUUCUUCGCGACAAACUGGCCCCGGGAACCGACAGCCAGAAGGUUAAUUACAACAGGACCCUGGAUCUACUAGACACGGAUGUAAUUCUCGAAGCUGAGGCAGAUGGCAUGUCAGUAAUGGACGCAUUAUAUGCCAACAAGGCCAGCUUAGUGGCUAUAUUUAAUAUAAUUGACGCUGAUAAUUCUGGUGAAAUUACCUUGGAUGAGUUCGAAACUGCGAUUGAUUUGCUGGUGGCACACAUGCCAGGUGCUUAUUCCAAGGCAGAGAUGCUGGAGAAGUGCCGCAUGAUGGACCUCAAUGGCGAUGGCAAAGUGGAUCUGAACGAGUUUCUGGAGGCGUUCAGGCUGAGUGAUUUGCACAGAAAGGAGCAGCAGGACGAGAACAUUAGGAGGCGUUCAACUGGACGACCGGCCGUAGCCAAAACAGCAUCAGAUCCCGUCACCAUGCUGGCUGAUAAGAUCUCGAAGAACACGCUGGUUGUGGAGCACGACAUCGAUCCCACGGAUUGCGAGGCUAAAGUUAUUGAUCCUAAGAAAUCAUAAGCGACAUCCAGAAGUAACUAACAUAAUACUGGUUUUGACAAAGUCAUGGCGCAUUUAUCUCAACUUUAUUUUUAAACUCAUUUUUUAAUUACGAGCCAUGUAUUGCAAAGAAAUGUUAACAUUAAUGUUUAGCUUAUAAGCCCAGACAAAAUCGAGUUGAACUUACCAAAGUUUUUAAACAUAUUAAGAGGCAAAAAAGAUUAAUAUUGAGAUCUCUGCGAAAGCAAAGUACAGACUGCUAAGGUCACAACAUUUUUAGCAAGUCUAACGGCCAUUCCCUGACGCUUUUGAUUUAAAAGAUUUAUGAUUAUAAUAACCUGUUAUGCACUCCCCUGUAAGCUUUAUUCAAGUUGUAUUAAUAAAGUAAUCAAAAAUGUUAUGAAAAACUAGAGUUAAGCUAAGGAAUGUUAUCUCAAAUUUAUACAACCAGGUAUCAGGCGUUUUAUUUGAAAACAAACAACAUAUAUAUUAAUUGUUUAUCUAACAAAAACGUUUAAGCCCAUGGGAUCAACAUUAAAUUUUAUAUACGACUACGGCUAGCUCUAAAAUUUUAUAAAAAAUGACAUGUUAAGUAAAAGACAUUUCUUUUCUUGUAGAACUUAAUUUGAAAAAACAUCACUGAUCUAAUAGAAAAAAACAUUGCAUUCGAUUGCUUUAAAUUAAUGUUCAUAGACAAAUAACUUGACGACGAGUAAAUAACUCAGAUUAAAAUCUAAAUAUAUAUAAUGCUUUCGAACAACGUUAGCGUUUUUUAAAGCCUAUUUAGUAAGUAGCAUUUAAAAGAAAUGUUAUAAAUGAUUUAAAGUACAUACCUCACAUGGACCAUGCUUUGGCACAAGUAUUCAAUUGCAAUUCUAAAAGUGCUUAAACAAUCCAGUUUAUAAUUCUCAGUUGAUACAUGAAUAAAGUCUAACGUUUAUUAUUUGUAGUCUUAAGUACACAUAAAAGAAAAUUAAUUAAACAAAUAUAAGCUUCCCAUUCUCAAACAAUGCAAUAACAAUUUUUUAUAUUACCUACACGUUAUAUCCGUUAGUAAAAAUUUAUCUUAGAUUAAGUCGUUUGGGGGAGAUUUGUAGUUGCUCCUAACCUAAUAAAGUAACAAUAUAUUCACAAGAUCGUAAUCAAGUACCUAUGACAAACUUAAACAAAAACGCUUCUCAACAGGCACUACAGGACCAAUAAAUUUAGCCAAUCGCUGGCACUCUAAUUCUAGUUAUGAUAUACUAUGCUAGUCAUCAAUUAACAUUCUACCAAUGUGUAUCUACUAUAAGCUAGCACCUGUCCCCUAUUUGUAUUUUGAGCCACAUUUCAUCGAUAUACAAAAUAUUUUCCUGGAACUUUAUUAAUAAAUAUGUUGAAAUAAUAUACAAUCUA